AUGAUGAUGUUCUUGUUCCUGGGCAGUUUGCCACUACUGACAGCUGGUCAGAUUCAUUCCUCGUUGCCUGUGUAG